AUGAAUGAACUUCCUCUUUUCUAUGUGAAAUGUCACGACCUCGACAACAUUUGGGUGUAUUCGAAAAUCCACAACAGAGAACUGAAGAUGGAGCUCGAUACAGGAUCAGCCUUAUCGAUCAUAUCAACCAAAGAAUAUAAAUCUAGAUUCAGUGAUCUCAACCUGAACAAAACUGAUGUUGUUCUAAAGACUUAUACAGGUCAACCAGUUAAACCUGAAGGGGAGUUAGGGGAGUUAGACGUUAUCGUCGAAUAUCAAGGUCAGAGGGAGGACUUAGAGUUGUAUGUGGUUGAUGGUCCAGGGCCGUCUUUACUGGGAAGAUCUUGGUUACGCAAGAUACAGCUUGACUGGCCAUCGAUUAAAAAGUUAACAGCCGUACCCAGAGAAACUAAAGGCGAGUUACAGGACAUUUUACAAGCUCAUGCACUAGUGUUUCGCAAGGAGCUUGGAACAGUGAAAAAUGUUAAAGCAAAGAUUGAAGUAGAAGAUGGAGUGACGCCAAAGUUUGUUAAAGCACGACCAGUCUCCUAUUCUCUAUGCCCAAAAGUGGAUGAAGAAAUUGACAGGCUGGUACGGGAGAAAAUCAUUGAACCUGUUGACUUUAGUGACUGGGCAAUGCCAAUAGUUCCGUGGUUAAGAAGAAUGGAAAAAAACAGAACUACUGCCAACAGGUUGAAAAAUAUUUGCCCACCAGAUUAUGUGGACCGCUUGCCAAGAGACCUGGAAAAGAAUUAUAACCAUCUGAAAGCAACAGAACUCCAGGCAUGGUUGCUUUUUUAUUCAAUUCCAUGCUUAAAUGGUUUAUUGGAUACUGUAUACUUGGAACACUUCGCUCAUCUGUUUGAGGGAAUACACAUUCUCCUUGGAGUGGGUGCCCCCAUUCUCCUUGGAGAUGGGAUAAGUGAGGUCGAUCUUGACAGGGCUGAGACAUUGCUUGACCAUUUUUACUCCAAGUUUGGAGAACUCUAUGGAGAAGGUAGCUGUGGCUUGAAUGUUCCCAAUAAUUGUGUUCAUCUUGUGACCUUUGUAAGGAAAUGGGGACCGUUGUGGGGAUGGAGUUGUUUCCCAUUUGAGGACAUGAAUGCUGACAUUUUGAAAGCUGUCCAUGGUACAGGAGAUGUUACCAGUCAAUAUCUUCGCCUGAAAGAACUAAGAAUGAAAAUGUCUAAUAUCAGUCUGGAGGGAGUUAAUGAAAAGACGUCAGAUUUCAUUCACAGUAUGAAAUCAGGAAAUAACAAGUGUUGGAGAGGAUUAAAGAAAAUGAAGAACUGCCAUAAAGCAGGACAGCCAAAACCUGUAACCAGCGUACCAUGCACAGAUAGAGAGAUUCUGCUACGUCACAAAUGCUUCCGGUGCACUUGAGAUUGCGCAGAGCGAUCGAGGGUCAGUGCGCCAUUAACUUUCGA